AUGCAAGAUGUGCUCCAUAAUAACCAGAAUGAAGAGAACGCUGGGGAUGACUAUGAGCUUGUAGAUAUGGAUGAUGGUGAUCAUGAAGAUGUAAACUCUGACUCUGAUCAGGAUUAUGUUAAUGUAGAUCUGGAUGACUCUGAACCAGACUACAUCAAUGUGGAAACAGACGAUUCAGAAAAAGACUAUGUCAAUGUCGAUCUUACAGAACACAGAAGUGACCUGCAGAUGCCGACUCUUUCCCUGACCUCCACACAUGCAGUUGUUUCUCCUGGAGAACAUAUCCAGUUCAGUUGCACAACACCUAAACAAAGAUGCAAUGCUAAUGCUACAUUCCAGCUCUUCAUGAACAGAGCAUCUAUAUCCUCCCAGACACAUGAAUCUAGUGUGACUUUCAACCUUGUUAAUGUAGACGUCUCACAUCAGGGCAGCUACAGCUGUCGUUACUCCUACCAAAACAACACUGUCAAGUCACCUUUGAGCAACACUGUUAUCAUCACUGUGGUGAACUUGCAGCAGCCCAGUAUUUACCACAGUGCUCCUGAUGGAUGGUUUGACGUGGGACCUCAGGGGCCAGUGAUCACCAGGGGCCACAAUUUCACUAUCAUCUGUUCAACUCAAUCUCAGUAUCCUGGAGGAUCUUUUCACCUGUUCAGAGGAUCAAACAUCACCAGGACUGAGUCAGCUGUCAGUCACUUUGCCUCCUUCUUCUUUCCUGAGGCAGAUUAUUCACACGAGGGAAACUACAGCUGUGUUUAUGAAGUCAGUGUCUCCUCACGCUCCUUCCGUUCAUCUGCCUCUGAACUGCUGCUCAUCACUAUCACAGCCUCCCUGCUUCCUGUCAUUGGUGCUGCAGUGUCAGCUGUGCUGCUCUUAUUGUCUGUCCUCAUAAUCAUCCUCCUGCUGAAGAGAAGACAAAAGCAAAGGAACAAACAAAGUCAUUUGAAGUGCUCUUUUAUGAAAGGUCAAGCUGCAUCACAUAAUAGCAAAAAUGAAGAUGAUGAUGAUGCAGAUUAUGAAAAUGUGGAACUUGAUGAAAACAUGGAUCAUGAUGAUUAUGAACCGGCCUAUAUUAAUGUGGACUCUGAUCAUUCUGAACAGGACUAUAUUAAUGUGGACGCUGAUCAUUCUGAACAGGACUAUAUUAAUGUGGACGCUGACCAUUCUGAAGAGGACUAUGUGUAG